AUGAAUAAUGCAUUAAAGCACUGGAAAGAAUCUGCUACUCUGAUACUUGCAGCAGGAUCUCAGAAUGGACGUAUUGUGCCAAAAUGUAAGAAUUCAGCUCCGCGUUAUUGGCCACAAAAUCUGAAAAAGAGCUCUUUUGACUAUGAUGUUCUCCUAUUAAGGCGCAACAAGAAAAGUGGGUUCAUGCCAAAUGUUUUCGUGUUUCCAGGUGGUCUUGUUGACCCAUCAGACUUCUCCAAUGAUUGGUUAAAGGUGUUUGAAAGAAAUCAACAACAACCUAACUUUGGGCUGGGUUUGGUGAAACAGCACCCCAGUACUAGGCCUCCAAUGUUUGUCACCGACAGAACUCAGUUUGGAUCUCUGGUUCCUGGGGAGGUCGCUUUCCGGAUCUGUGCCAUCAGAGAGACGUUUGAAGAAUCUGGAAUUUUGUUGGUGGUUCCUGAGAACUUGGACGUGAAAGUCAUCCAGAACACCAUGGGGGUCUAUGAACAUGAUCAAGAGUUACUUUCCAAAUGGAGAGAGGAAGUUCAGGACAACCCUUUCCAGUUCAUCCAGAUGUGCAAAGAGAUGCGUUGUGUGCCGAACAUCUGGGCUCUAUAUGAGUGGAGCAACUGGCUGACCCCAGUAAUACCCAAUAGUUCAAGUCUCAGACGUUAUGAUACAGCUUUCUACAUUUGCUGUUUGGAGAAAAGGCCACGUACCAGUGACGACCAGAAAGAAGUCACUUCCUUCAAGGUGAGUGCAUUUUCUGAUCACGUUUACUGACCUUUCAUGAAAAGAAGGAAAUGGGUACAUUCAUACACACACUUACAAACAUGCACACAAUGACAAAUGCCUACACUCACACACAGCCCUACACACCAAUGCAGAGAUCGAUGCACAGAUUCGUACAUACAACAUGACUUCAGGCAUUCAGUGAAAGGGAAUGUGGUCACUCACUCAGCCCUGUUUACCACCAUCCCUCAUUUGCCCUGGUUCUCUCCGUGGAUCUGUCACCUGUUUUGGCUCAGUGAUUUGAAAAAAGAUGGGAAGAAAAUGUGUGUAGAUAACCAAAGGUAGAAAAUAAAAUGGUACAACCUGUAUAGUAAUUGGUGGAGUACACUAUAAAAAUUUAUAUCUAGGGGAGCAAAAAGAGAAUAUAGUGCAAUACAAGCGGCACAAAAGAGGGGUUUGGGGUUGCUAGAGAACUCACUAGAUGUUAGGAAAUUCAGGCAUGUCUCCUUCAAUAAUGGAGUAAAUCCGCUGGUGGAGAAGAUCUUCCAAAGAAACAAACUUCUUCAUACAGGUAUAUCGUCUUAGCUCAAAAUAAGGAAGGAAAAUAUAGUGCAGAUUGUAUAAAAGUAACACAUUUAUUGCACUUACAGAAUGUCAAAUGACAGACAGCACGUCUCCAUACAAGAGAUGGUAUCCAGGUUUCCAACAGAUUGCAGGAAAAAAUCCCAGGAUCACAGAUGCAAUAAAAACAAACAGAAAUAGAAAUGAAAAACAAUGUUGAUACACAAUUUGAAACAAGUGUGACCAGCAGCGGACAAAUCCUAGAGUUACAUGUGUUAUUCGUCACAAUGUUUCAUCCAUUAAGUAAAUAAAAUCCUGUUGCUUUAUAUAUUCCGAUUUGUUAUUUGAAUGUAUGAUGGAAUUAACAUCGCAUUGUGUUAUUCUCUUUGAUCUGCUCAGGUGUACUCUGUUUGUUCAUGUUCACCCGCUCACCAAAUAUCCAACCAGGAAGUACUCGGGAGCUGAAAGGUUGGGCAAGCAAUUAAUCUGGGAAUAUCUUGAAAUGAUCUGCUUGCCAAACAGUUGUCUCAGGAGGUCCAUUGUACCCCUGGCUGUAUGGGCAGUAACCCCUGUGAAGAAAUCCCUCUUUAUGUAUAAUAUUUCUUCAAUAUUCAUUCGGUAGAUAUAACUACCGAACAUAGACCACCCCCUGCUUCAAUUGAACCUUCUAUCUGUGCGGCCACCGAACGCCACGUGGCUUAGAAAACGGCGGCCAUCUUUUAUCAUGCGAACAAAGGCAGCGGGACUUGGUCGUCGAGUGUCUGGAACUAAAAUUGGACACUCGACUUCCCGAACACCGGUCUCAACAAGCGACCGCUGGAUCUCUAUUUCUCGAAUAGCUAGAAGAGCGCUAUUCUGUACUUUUGUGCAUUCGAAUGAGGGGAACAAUCGCUGCUAAGAGCCAGGGGAAUCCAUUCAUGGAAUUAUUCUUUUUUUGCCCCUUUACUGAAUAGACUGGCAAAACCACCCAAACUCCUGGAACUAUUUUUGGCAGCCACCUCAUGUUUAACUGGUCACAAAAGAACCGAUCUGGGUGAAAUUUGAAUAUGUUGGUCACCCAGAUCGGGGCCAUCAGGGGACAUUAUUUGUGGGGAUACCCCAUGUAUAAAGGGAUGUUCUGAAUAUUGGGAAAAAUUUUGAUUUUUCUGCCUGGAGAUAAUCAAGUUAUUACUUUAUCAGACUUGAUUAUCUCCAGUACUAGGGGAGGGAAUUGUAUGUUUGUGCUGUGUGUGUUUUACUGUUUUCCUGUAACUGAUUGGUUAUACUGUGUCCCUCCCUGUGGGAUGUCCCCUUGCAUGGGGACUUGCAUAAAAGUCUGUGUGUGGUCAUUAAAAACCAGUUCUGUUGUACCCUUCUUCUUGACUUCGGCUGAUGUUUGGGGAUUCGUAUGCUUUAUUAAGGGAAUUAUCUUAUAAAGCUAUUUGUAUUCGUAUGGAUUUCGUCUAUUUCAUCUACCGAACGGAGAGCUAUACUCACUGAUGCUCUGGCGGUUCGGGAGGAAACUACAGAAUGAGGAUUGAAUAUACUAGGUUUCCUUACAACCCCCUCCUAUUGAAACCACAUUUCAAAGCGAAUUUUUAUUUGCGUCAAAAUAAUGGACCUGCCAUUUUGAAAAUCAAAUUCCACUUGUUUUUACUCGUUGUUCCUACGUGAAAUUACUUCUGAUGAAUCUAACCAACACGCCAUUAUAAUGUGUAUUUGUAACAAAAAAAAAUCACUACUAACAAAUUAAAUCCUACUCUGAAUGUUGGCCCACCCUGUAUAUUUAUUGCUCGCCAUUAAUUGAACUCCUUUGUGUGAUCAGGGGUUAGGAUGAUCGUAUUAUAAUAUGACAGUCUUAGUAUAUCGUCAAUCCCUUUAUAGAAGAUGUACCAAAUCAAUUCUCAACACUUUUACUGGGUGAACUCAUUGGAUAUUUGUUUAUAUUGUUGUAGAAAGUGACAUGUCAUGGCAGCUGAAAAGGAAGGUUAGAUGAAGACGGCUGAGUUAAUAAUUACCUUGUGCAGAAUUCAUUUAAUUAGCACAUCUCUGCAGAGAUGAAACCGCGUUUGUUGUCUCUAGAUGAUUACAAAGAUUUGAAAAAUAAAAACACACACCGGGUGAUUCACUGAGUAUCAAACGCAGCCUGGAUCAGUAAAAUUUGGCUAAAAUUACCUAUAUUUACUAAAGGAAAAUCUAAGAGAAAUGUUAUUUCAGCUGAAUGCAUAUAUUUAAUUUAGUGCCAUCUGACGCCUAUUUUAAAUUCAGUAACAAACAUGGGAGUCUUAUUUUAUAAUAGAAUUUACAGAAUUUGUUACGGUGAAUCUACAGAUUUCUGCUAGCAGUCAGAGGCCAAAUGGUUGAAAUAGUAAAUAUAAAAUAACAAAUGUAAAAAAAUAAUAUAACUUUCAUAAACUUAAUAUUUUUUUUGCAAUUACAACUGGCAACUGAGUGCCUGAAAAUCUGGUUGAACCGAUCAAAUUAUCACUAUAUGUGAGUGUUCAGUUGUGUAUUUCCAAUCAUUCAGUUUCAGACUUCGAAAUCUAAUCGAUAGCGUAGAUCAGGGGUACUCAAAAGGUAAAUCACCAGAUGUUAUAGAACUACAACUCCCAUGAUGCUUUGCAUGCCUUUAGAAUGACAGAGCAUCAUGGAAGCUGUAGUUUUAAUACAUCUGGGGACAGAGGUGUAACUUGAAAUCACUGGGCCCCAGUGCAAAAAUUGCCCUCGCCCCGCCCCAAGCAUCUAAUCCCUCCCCCAUGCGUCUCAUACCCCCCUCUCUUCCCCCGCAUGCACCUCAUGCCACCAGCCUCUCCAUGUGUUAUUGCCUUCAUCCUAUCCCCACCAUAUGUGUCAUUCGCUCCUUCCCAGUAAGUAGUGUCUGUUUCUGUGAUUGUGUGUGUGUAGGGAUUCAGUAUGCAGUGUGUGUGUGUGUGUGUGUAGGGAUGCAAUGUGUGUGUGUGUAGGGAUGCAAUGUGUGUGUGCGUUGGCUGGGUAGGAUAGUGGCUGUGGGGGCUAAAAUAGGAGCAUCUGUUUUUUUUAAUAUUUAUUUUGUAAUAAAAAAAUAAAUAAUAAUAAUAAUAAAAAAAAAAUAUAUAUAUAUAUAUAUAUAUAUAUAUAUUUUUAAUAUAUCUCCCCCUCCCUGUGUCCAACCAGUAUCCAGGGAGGGGGCAGCGUUUUCCUUGGUGGUCCGGUGGUGAUGUGGAGGCUCUCUACCUUCACCGCUGCCGGAUGAAGGCUCUUGUGUGCGCGUCCUGACACCACGUGUAAUCGAACGUUGCAGUGGUUACAGUGGCAACGCUCGGAAAGCAGGGACUCAGCGCAGAGGUGAAGGCAGAGUGCCUCCUCCCCUUCCUGCUGCGCAAACUCUGCAAAGACCCAGGAGGGAGACCAAAAGAUCUCCCUGACCGGGUCUGAGUGCUUGUAAGGGGCAUGGGCUCGCAGGGCCCUCAGGUGGCAUGGGCCCCUUACAAGUGAAGUGACUGUACCGCCCGACGGGCCCACGGUCGCUGGCAUAGUAGCUGCGGCCGGGCCCCCUGAAGUGACCGCGGUAGGUACACAACUGGCUGGUGAUCUUCCUUUUGGCACCCCUGACUUAAAUGAAGACAUUUUCCAAAUACUCUAUUUUAGCCUAAAUUUGCAUAUUGGUUUCAAACCCCUGAGCGUUUAUUAAAUGAAUUUAUAGAACACUAUAGUGUGACCAAUACAUACAUGUAUUCCUAAUGCUACAGUGUUCUGUUCACUGUUUAAAUUCAGGGCCUCCUAAAUUAAAUUAAAGGGGAAAAAAAUGUAAAACUCAUAGAGGAGCAUUGGAUUGUGUGGCGAAACCAACCUUGCCACUGUACACUGGAGAAGCCUGGUUGCUCGCCUGCUCCCUUUAGACUAUGGUCCUGCAUUUUAAACUUUUAUUUUACCGGCAGAAAGGUUUAUUCGUGCCUUUCUGCGGACUGUUAAAGCCAUGCUACCCCAGAUAGCUAUGCCAUGGAGCCCAGCCGUAUACUGAAAGACUGUAUGAAAGACUUUGGCUCCAUGGCGAUUGAACUGUAUGUAUGUGAUCUGAGCGCCAUUCGGUAGUAAUGUGCACUCAGAUCUAAGCUAUCUGGGGAUAUGUAGAAUGUCUAUGUUUUAUGGAAUAAAUGUAACUGUAUGUAAUUUUAUGUCUUUUAUUGUCCUUUGUCUGCCAUGUGGUUAAUGGAGUUUUGCCUCUGUUCUUGGAGAUAAUUGGAUUACUUCACAAUUAUCUCCAGGACAGAGAGGAGGGAUUGUGAUGUAAUUGUGGGUGUGUUUUACGGUUCCCCUGUAAAUGAUUGGUUAUACUGUGUCCCACCCUGUGGGAUGUCCCCUUGCAUGGGGACUUGCAUAAAAGCCAGUGUGUGGCCAUUACAGGAGUGCCUGCUUAACCCUCAAAGUGAAGUGUCGUCUCAUUAUUGGGGGAGGAUUUAUUGUAUGCUGUUCCAGUUUGAUUGCCAGGAGUAUAAGCUGAUUGUAUGCUUUUCCUGUAAAGCUGUUUCCAGUAUUCGUGAGUUUCCUGUUCAGGAGUUGGAGAAUUCGUGUAGUUUGCAGUUCGGGAGAUUGGUGCUUGCAGUAGCUGUCUGUGCUUCUGAAAGGGGAAUAUCGCCUAAACGGUUUUAACCCCUUUUGGGCAAAACGGUCCGUUACAGAUUGGACCAGAAAAUGAAGAAGCGAUGCCUGGGGGAGGAGCGAGUGGCUGCUCCGGGUAAGUUUCGGUGCUGGAAAGAGGUAAGUUUAAACCUUUUUCCUUUUUUAAAAUUUAGAGUAACAUUGAGAACAAGAAGUGCAUGCGCAACACACUCUUCCAGUUGAAUACUCUCUAUAAUAAGCAUAGAUUGGUUCUUACAGUGGAAGUACCUCUAGUGGCUGUUAGUCAGACAGCAGCUAGAGGUGUUUAGCCCUGUGAUCUGAUCACAAUAUUGCCAUAUCUACUGAACAGAAAUGUUUUACAUUACAGGGUUAAAAUGACAGGACCACUGCACCCAGACCACUUCAUUAAGAUAGUGUAGCCUGGGUGCCUAAUUAUUUCUCUUUUAGUGGAAGAUAAAUCUUAGGCCAAAGAUCCCCUGUCUAUGAGAAAAAUCUCAGUAUAAUGAUCAGUGUGUUUCAUUUUUGCAAUUUUUGUUUUUUAGUGGUUGACCCCUCUGGAAGCUAUACAAGAAUACUUCUCUCGGAGACUCUUGAUCCCGCCUCCUCAGUUGUAUGAAUUUAGCAGGAUGUGCAACUUCAUUCAUAUUCAGGAGCUGUGCAAGUUCAGCCUCCAGCGUGCACUGGAAGGCUGCGAGCAGUGGUUGGGGAUCCCAAUAACUGUUCAAGAUGGCUAUGUAUAUACAUUACCAGGUAUAGUAUCCAUGGCUACAAACUUAUCUGCUUAUAUUCAGUAAAUGUGGCUUGUGCUGAGUUGAUAACCAAAAUGUAUGGUGGAAAUGGGAACACUGUCCAAAUUUAGUGAUGGCAUGACCCAAAUUUAGCAAGCCUCCUGACAACUCAACGUUAAGGGAUUCAGAUGUAACUUUAUGUAUUUCGAGAUACGUGCAUGGUCCCUGGAACAUACUUUCCAACUGUCCUGGAUCCAGCAGGACCUUCUCGAAUUUUGGUCCUCUUCCAACAUCCAGGGUUUGUUUCCUGGUGUCUCUCAUCUGGAGACACUAGCAAAUUGACCUCAGCAAGCACAACCCAUUCUAAGACUUGGUUGUGUUGUGCAAAGUGCGCUCAGGGUAAUAAUCCAACAUGCAGGACACAUAUAAAGCUAGAAACAAGGAAAGUCAGGUUCUGUGGAGCCACUGAGUUCAUGCUCACCAAGGAAAAUACAAAAACUUUACUGUUUCUCAUCAUAGGACCAAGGCAUAACGGGGAGCAAAAGAACAAAAAAGUAUGUGUGCAGCUAGUCACUGUGUGAUAUGUACAUUAUGCACACCUCUCUGUGUGCUGCAUAUACCAGGGGAGUUCAUUAAUAGUAGAUUGAGAUUCCUACUAUGUUACAAAACCCCAAACAAGAAUACUGAUGGGGUAAAGCAACUGCUAUCUCAGAUUAAUAAAACUACACAUCUGGAUAAUUUGUUAAUCAUUGGAGAUUUUUAACUCUUCCUAACAUUGGGAUGUUCCACUCCCACCCACCCAUUUCAGUCAUACUCACAGGGUCGAUACCAAUCGGGGGACUUUACUAUGUAACUAUGUACAGGACAGCUUGAAUGAAGAUUAACAGGCCAUAAAAUAGAUCUGUUUACCAAACCUGACGAACAUAACACUGGAAGAACCAAACACGCACCCAGAGGCAAGGACGACAAGACCCAUGACCAAGUGACAUCCUCUACCUGAGACAUACAAAAACCGAACCACUCAACCCAGAAUACUGACAUGAGGUUUCGCAAUAAACCGUAAUGAUACCAAUGAAAUGUAACGAAACUGCAAAAUAUUGGAUAUACUACUAACCUACCCCUACCUUUAUUCUGUACCUUAUACCUCACCUAAACUUGAAAAAUAAAAAAUUUAUAAAAAAAAUAAAAAAUAGAUUUUUUACUUCCAAUUCGAGCAAAAGGUCACAAAAUGUCAUGUGAUAGGAGUUGUAGCCUACUGCUUUUUAAACAUCAUGCGACAGAGGGUGCUGUAUACACCGGCCAUUAAAGGGACACUUUAGGCACCCAGACCACUUCAGCUCAUUGAAGUGGUCUGGGUACAAUGUCCCUAUUGCAGUUCCAUAGAAACUGGAAUGUUUACAUUGCAGCUCUAAGUCUGCCCUCAGUGGCUGUCUACCAGACAUCCACUAGAGGGCUUCCUGAAUUAAAACUGACCUUUUGUCCGCUAUCUGAUGCUGGAUGUCCUGACCUUCAGCGUCAGAUUUUUACCCAUAGGAAAGCAUUGAUUCAAUGCUUUCCUAUGGGUAGGUUAAAUGUAUGGCAUUUGCUGCGCAUUAGACCCUGCUCGUCGCGGAAGGAGGCAGAGCGUCGACCAAGCGCUGAGCAACAUCGGUGCUGGGAAAAGGUAAGUAAAGAAAGGGUUUUUAAUGCUUUAUUUACCGUGAGCGGGAGGCGCGAGGGGGGGAGAAAUAGUGCCAGGAAUACAGCUUUGCGUUCCUGGCACUACAGUAUGCCUUUAACAGCUGCGGGUCACAUCUAGUGGAAGUGGAUACAGUUUCAUAGAAAUACCUUGUUGACAGUAGCAAUGAAGGUGAAUUUGUAAUUCGUCUUUCUGGACCUGAUCUGGCAGGGUAAUGGCUAAAGUGUUCAUGUCCUACAAUACCAGUGUUCUUUUGGAAGAGCAUAAAAAACAUAUACAUUGAGCUAGCAAAAUGCCAUCAAAUGUAUAGAUUCUGAAAUAUAUGUUUAAGAAUGUGAUAAUCACUUCUUGGCACAGAGCUCAAUGACUAGACUUGAGCUUUGGGGAAAAUGCUUACAGGUGGCUCUCCUGCUCUGUCACAGAGCCAUUCCCCAAUAAUAAUAAUCUAGGCGUUACUUUUCUCCUACUAAUCCGGUGACAGAGAAGCCAGCAGGUCAGGGUUAUGGCUGAUGAAUGCUCUGUUUAGGUGGGUGUUCUCAAAAAAGGAAGGGACCUGUGUUAAAGGAACACGCCACACACUUAAAGUGCUUUAUCUGUGAACAGUGUGUCCACUUAUAUCAGUAAAUGUUUUUUUGGUAAAUUGGCUUGCUUUUCUCAGGCCUGCCAAACCACAGAGCUAUUCUGAAACUCCCAAAUGGCUCCAGUGCCAAUGCUAUGCCUAAAUUCUAUGGGAAUUUAGACUAUGGAAACCUGGAGUUGGAGCCACAAAUUGGGACGGUCCCUCCAAAUCAGUCUAUGUUGGAAUUGUCAGGAUUAGCUGUAAAUCCUAAUCUCUUGGGAAACUCAUUUUUAGUCAGUAAGGGUUGUUUAGAUCUGACUAGCUUUUUUUCUUUUCUUAUAAUACAUUAUACAGGGAGUGCAGAAUUAUUAGGCAAAUGAGUAUUUUGACCACAUCAUCCUCUUUAUGCAUGUUGUCUUACUCCAAGCUGUAUAGGCUCGAAAGCCUACUACCAAUUAAGCAUAUUAGGUGAUGUGCAUCUCUGUAAUGAGAAGGGGUGUGGUCUAAUGACAUCAACACCCUAUAUCAGGUGUGCAUAAUUAUUAGGCAACUUCCUUUCCUUUGGCAAAAUGGGUCAAAAGAAGGACUUGACAGGCUCAGAAAAGUCAAAAAUAGUGAGAUAUCUUGCAGAGGGAUGCAGCACUCUUAAAAUUGCAAAGCUUCUGAAGCGUGAUCAUCGAACAAUCAAGCGUUUCAUUCAAAAUAGUCAACAGGGUCGCAAGAAGCGUGUGGAAAAACCAAGGCGCAAAAUAACUGCCCAUGAACUGAGAAAAGUCAAGCGUGCAGCUGCCACGAUGCCACUUGCCACCAGUUUGGCCAUAUUUCAGAGCUGCAACAUCACUGGAGUGCCCAAAGCACAAGGUGUGCAAUACUCAGAGACAUGGCCAAGGUAAGAAAGGCUGAAAGACGACCACCACUGAACAAGACACACAAGCUGAAACGUCAAGACUGGGCCAAGAAAUAUCUCAAGACUGAUUUUUCUAAGGUUUUAUGGACUGAUGAAAUGAGAGUGAGUCUUGAUGGGCCAGAUGGAUGGGCCCGUGGCUGGAUUGGUAAAGGGCAGAGAGCUCCAGUCCGACUCAGACGCCAGCAAGGUGGAGAUGGAGUACUGGUUUGGGCUGGUAUCAUCAAAGAUGAGCUUGUGGGGCCUUUUAGGGUUGAGGAUGGAGUCAAGCUCAACUCCCAGUCCUACUGCCAGUUCCUGGAAGACACCUUCUUCAAGCAGUGGUACAGGAAGAAGUCUGCAUCCUUCAAGAAAAACAUGAUUUUCAUGCAGGACAAUGCUCCAUCACACGCGUCCAAGUACUCCACAGCGUGGCUGGCAAGAAAGGGUAUAAAAGAAGAAAAUCUAAUGACAUGGCCUCCUUGUUCACCUGAUCUGAACCCCAUUGAGAACCUGUGGUCCAUCAUCAAAUGUGAGAUUUACAAGGAGGGAAAACAGUACACCUCUCUGAACAGUGUCUGGGAGGCUGUGGUUGCUGCUGCACGCAAUGUUGAUGGUGAACAGAUCAAAACACUGACAGAAUCCAUGGAUGGCAGGCUUUUGAGUGUCCUUGCAAAGAAAGGUGGCUAUAUUGGUCACUGAUUUGUUUUUGUUUUGUUUUUGAAUGUCAGAAAUGUAUAUUUGUGAAUGUUGAGAUGUUAUAUUGGUUUCACUGGUAAUAAUAAAUAAUUGAAAUGGGUAUAUAUUUGUUUUUUGUUAAGUUGCCUAAUAAUUAUGCACAGUAAUAGUCACCUGCACACACAGAUAUCCCCCUAACAUAGCUAUAACUAAAAACAAACUAAAACUACUUCCAAAAAUAUUCAGCUUUGAUAUUAAUGAGUUUUUUGGGUUCAUUGAGAACAUGGUUGUUGUUCAAUAAUAAAAUGAAUCCUCAAAAAUACAACUUGCCUAAUAAUUCUGCACUCCCUGUAUAUUGCAUUAAAACGUGUGUGUGUGCGUGUGCGUGUGCGUGUCUCUACUCCAGCCUGGACUGUCCUUUUAACCCAUUAAAUCAGUAAUAUAGCAAUCAGUCAGGGUCAGUUUCACCUGAAUUUUUCUGUACCAUUUUGAUGAUAUUUAUUUUCCAUUUUGUAAGGACUCUUUUUUUUUUUUAUUUUGGAAUAUUUUGAGAAUGACUUUUCAAGUUAGACACCCAGCUUCCUACUCCACACUGUCAACAUCACAAAGUGCCUCUGUUUCACACAACUAUCUUGUUUCUGCAGGUGAUAGCUUGUUUCCAGAAAAUCCUGACCUUACAGGAGAGAGGCCGACGCUUCAGUCUACAAACAAAACCCUUGAAGAUUUUUCGCGAGAUGGACAACACCAUAACAGAGUCCUGGAACAAAAUAAGAUGAUGAGUUUAGAUGUUAAUAUUGAACAGAAAUACAAACAUCUCAGUCCCAUCAAAACAGAUGUUCCUUGUAACACAGAGCCAAAGAGUAAGAUGUGA